CCUUCUUCUCUGGCUCACACCCUACCUACCUCCCCCCUUUCACCUCGCUCUCCACAGACAAAAUGGGAACAGUUGUUGACCCCGCCAAGCAGGGCACCAAGUCGGCCUCCGGCUUCGCCACUGACUUCCUCAUGGGUGGUGUAUCCGCCGCCGUCUCCAAGACGGCUGCCGCCCCCAUCGAGCGUAUCAAGCUCCUCGUCCAGAACCAGGACGAGAUGAUCAAGCAGGGCCGUCUCGCUUCGCCUUACAAGGGUAUCGGUGACUGCUUUGUCCGCACCUACCAGGCUGAGGGCCUCGCCUCUCUCUGGCGUGGUAACACGGCCAACGUCAUCCGUUACUUCCCCACUCAGGCGCUCAACUUCGCCUUCAAGGACUUCUUUAAGUCCCUCUUCAAGGUCCCCAAGUCUGACCCCUACGUCAAGCAGCUCGGUGCCAACCUUGCCUCUGGUGGUGCCGCCGGUGCCUCGUCCCUCUUCUUCGUCUACUCUCUCGACUACGCCCGUACCCGUCUCGCCAACGACGCCAAGUCCUCUGCCAAGGGCGGAGGAGAGCGUCAGUUCAACGGUCUCGUCGACGUCUACCGCAAGACGAUUGCCUCGGACGGUAUCGCCGGUCUCUACCGUGGUUUCGUCCCCUCGGUCGUCGGAAUCAUCGUCUACCGUGGUCUCUACUUCGGAAUGUACGACUCGCUCAAGCCCGUCCUCCUCACCGGCAACCUCCAGGGUAACUUCCUCGCCUCCUUCCUCCUCGGCUGGGGUGUCACCACCGGAGCUGGUCUCGCCUCGUACCCUCUCGACACUAUCCGUCGUCGCAUGAUGAUGACCUCGGGCACGACUACUCACUACAAGGGCAUCAUGGACGCCGGUCGCCAGAUCGUUGCCGCAGAGGGCAUCAAGUCGCUCUUCAAGGGCGCUGGAGCUAACAUUCUCCGUGGUAUCGCAGGUGCCGGUGUGCUGUCCGGGUACGACAAGCUGCAGGAGGUCUUCCUCGGCAAGGUCUACAAGGGUGGAUCCGGAUAAGCAGCUCCUCUCUCCGUCAAUUAGAGAAGAAGCUCCCGUCCAUCGCCUACUCCGUCUCCCAAGACGAAGCCCCAAUUCCAACCCUCGUACGCGCUUCCGUAGCUCAAUUCUUUUUGAAGCAGCAACCCCUGCCCAUGUCGCUCUUCACACAAUUCAAUCACAAAAGCGUGCGGUC